AUGGCAUACCUCUUGCUGCUUUCUCUGCUGCCGACGUUGGCCUUCGCGGCAAUCGAUAGACAUGCCGUAGUCUCUCGAUUCAAUGUUGUCCGCUCAAACCUUCCAGAGGUGAUAACCAACCAGACGACUCCUCUCCAGGUCGGGAACGGAGAUUUCGCCUUCAAUGUGGACAACACAGGCAUGCAGACAUUCAUACCCUUCAAUACGCUGUCAAGCUGGGGUUGGCACAAUGACUCCUUACCGACAAACGGCGAAAAACUCGGUGAUUAUCACGGCGUCGAAGUGUUGACACACGGAAGAAACAUUUCGUAUGAUCUAGAAGAUCCUGAUCUACCAGAAGUGUCUAAGUGGCUCACUGCGAACCCCAAUCGUAUUAACCUAGGUCGCAUCGGUCUCAAGUAUAAGGGCAAUACUCUCGCGCAGUCGCUGAUUACAGAACCGCGACAAGAAUUAGACGUAUGGAAUGGUGUUAUUACGUCGACUUUUAAGGUCGAUGGGAAAUAUGUGAAGGUGGUAACCCAGGGAGAUUUCGAGUCCGAUGCUGUCGUCUUCCAGAUCGACUCAGAGCUCAUUUCAACCGGGGACUUACAAGUCGAAUUUGAUUUUCCUUAUCCUCCGAAGCACAAUGUGUCAGGAUCGUCAGACUUCGAAAUAUUCAUGGGCUCCUAUGAUUUUCCCUUAAAUCACACGACGUCCAUUGUGACACCACCUAACGGACCUAGGGAUGGCAUUGCACACAUAUAUCACGAGAUGCAGGAGACGACUUAUUAUGUCAACCUCCGGUGGCUUUGCAGAUCACCAUUGUCAUUGACGCAAAAUGAGCUCCAGGGUUCUAGCGCGGUGACAGCGCAUCGGUACACGCUUUCACCAGCGGCUUCUUCCCGCUAUGAUCAUCCGCCGACUUCGAUCUCAUUCACUGCUCAUUUCUCCCUCGACCUUGAAUUGCCUGCUUCGCCGUCGGUCAUUCGGAGGCGUAAUCCCACCGCUUGGAAUCAGUACUGGAAUGAAGGAGGCUUCGUCGAUCUUACCGAGUCGUCUAACCCCAACGCUACUGAGCUUCAACGGCGUAUUAUCAUGACGCAGUACUACAUGAGGGUAAACAGUGCAGCUACAGGCCAAAUCCCCCAGGAGAGUGGUCUCGUAUAUAACGGGUGGUGGGGGAAAUUCCACCUCGAGAUGGUCGUUUGGCACUGUGCGCACUGGGUCACAUGGGGCAGACAGCAGUACUUCGAUAGGAUAUUCCCCGCGAUGUACGAGACAUUGAUGCCUACGUCAAAAGUAAGGGCUCAGCGUAUGGGUUGGGAUGGUGUUCGAUGGCCGAAGAUGACGGAGCUCGGAACGGGAGGUAUCGCUCCGGGAGAGACCCGAGCGUAUCUGAUGUGGCAGCAACCCCAUCCCAUGUACUUGGCAAAUCUUGCCUAUCAAGCUAAGCCGACGCGACGGACAUUGGAAGAAUGGGAUCGUGUCAUCACGGCGACUGCUGACUACAUGGCGUCCUUCGCAUGGUACAAUGAAACUACCGGACACUACGAUCUUGGACCGCCAUCAAAGGGCGUAACUGAGAACUCUUUCCCGCUUGAGACCCGUAAUCUAGCUUAUGAAAUUGCCUACUGGCGCUGGGGUUUAGAUGCGGCAGCAAACUGGAAAAGAAAGCUGGGUCAACCUGUUCCUAAGAAAUGGAGCACCGUCGCGGAUAACUUAGCUCCUCCACCACAGAUCGACGGGAUCAAAGACCCGCGUAGCGUUAUCAUGCUUCAGGGCAUCCUUCCGAAUACACCGGCGGUCGAUCCAGAAGUUGGCCUCAAGACCUCCAAUAAGAUGUGGGAGGUCUGGACCGACGAGAAUAUCCGAGGAUGGGGACGAUCCGUCCUUGCCAUCAAUUCUGCACGAAUAGGGAACCCUGAGCGUGCCAUCUACCAUAUGACAAAUUAUGCGUAUUGGCCGUUUGACGACGCAGGAAUGCCUACUCGAUCCGGUCCUAACCCGUCACCACCGCCUUAUUUCCCAGGUGGCGGUAGUUUCCUCUACGCGAUCGGAUAUAUGGUAGCAGGUUGGGAGGGUUCUGAAGGCGACGCUCCAGGGUUUCCCAAGGAUGGAACUUGGAUUGUCAAGCAUGAGGGUUUGCUCAAAGCUCUUUGA